AUGGAAGAUAGAGACUCAACCGCCUCAUUUCAUAUUCUAUCAGAAAGCAGACUGCUGUCCGUCGUUUUGUUUGGGGGAGAUAUCCUAACUAUCAGCCUCGAUGACGAACUUCCAUCCAUUGAUUUUGUUGGAUCGGUGGAGUCUGGAAUAAAGGCGGCUUGCUGGAGCUCCGAUGAGACCUUCCUCAUUCUCGUGAACGGUGAUGGCACGCUUAUACAGAUGACCCGAGACUUCGACGUGAUCUACGAGGCGCCCCUUCAGGCUAGUGAUUUUGGGGAAGAGAAACAGAGCAACGUCGGAUGGGGUUCAAAAUCUACUCAAUUCCAUGGUUCACUUGGCAAGUCUGCUGCUUCUGCUGCUUCUAUGGCGGUUGGAUCAAGUCCCGACGAUGAUGCAAUGCCCCGAAUAACCUGGAGGGGUGAUGCAACAUACUUCGCUGUUUCGUCACUCGAGGGAGUACUGUCUACGCCCAUCCGUCGAGUCAUCAGGGUGUACUCCCCUUCUCCAUCGUUAUCUCUUAUUUCCACGACUGAGCCGAUCCCUGGGCUCGAACAUCCCCUAUCAUGGAACCCCACCGGAUCACUAAUUGCAUCAACACAGCGCUUCGGCUCGAAUAAUGCUGAGAGUGGCUUAGGUGCCGGUCGCGAAGGACGUCAUGAUGUAAUCCUUUUCGAGCGCAACGGGCUGCGUCGGAAUAGUUUCGAAAUCGCACCUAUCAUGCAAUGGAAGUACCGCGUUGUCGAAUUAUCAUGGUCAUCGGAUUCCAGUGUUCUCGCGGUCUGGAUAUGCUCCGAAACCUCAGACGUUAUUCAAUUGUGGACCAUGGGCAAUUAUCACUGGUGGGUUCAUGCAUUCUCCCCAUCUGUACCUGCCCCAGGCGCAGCUGGACGCCUGACCAACAUGUCGUGGCAUCCUGAGAAUGCAUUAAUCUUGGAUUUAAUAUCAUCAGACAUUGUCGUCCGCCUAAAACUUGCUUGGGAAACCUGCGCAUCCCGUCUGCCACCACCUGUGGAAACUGGGUCUGUUGCUGUGAUCGAUGGUGGGAAUAUUCUGAUUACUCCAUUCAGCACCCAGAACGUGCCCCCUCCCAUGUCAUCAUACCGUAUAGAAGUGACACAUCCAGCAAAGCUCCCUUUCACCACCGCGCCUACGCAUAUCGCGUUAUCUCACAGUGCCGACCUUCUUGCAGUUCUACAUCACGAUGGUGGUAUUGGAGUAUGGAACCUUCGUACAAAUUUGACGCCACCCCACAUGCAUAAAGGCAACCGGAAAGAUUACAAUGUCGCAAAUCCGAUCCAACUUUGGGAACGGACCGGGACUGAAGAUAUACGAGGAUCUUCGAGCUCGCGACAAAUAGCUUUGUAUCACCGGGAGACAGCAAGUGCGGUUGACGAAAGUUGGGGAGAUGUUAUUCAUCUCUACCUCCCUGGUGGCCAAGCGACUACCAUCGUCCUCCAAACUUUCGGAAGUGGGUGCUUGGUUGUAGCCCCAGUGGGAAUAUGGUUUGAAAAUGUAGAGGGAGUUCUCCAUGAAGUUGACGUUGAGAAUGGGGUUCUCCUUUCUUCAUCUAAACGGCUUGCAUCUUUUGCAUUUGGUGCUGUAUCCUUCACACCAGGCGGAACUGAGGAGCCCAUUUUUGUGGGUCUCUCGCAGACAGAUGCCAAACUACUCUCUUCCUCCCCUGGUCUCCCUUCCAUCGCGGAGCAUGUUAGUUCAUUCACUAUAACUCCGUCACACAUUGUAUACAUCGGGGCAUCUCACGAAGCUCACUUUGUUCGCUUGUCCCUGUUAUGCACCAACGGUUCAGGAGCCGAAUCCGGUGCCCCUGAUGGUUCUAUUACCCCUAGGAGGGUGGAGAGGGGUUCCAGAAUCGUGGUUGCGGUGUCUAGCUUAAUGAACUUAGUGCUUCAGAUGCCAAGGGGGAAUCUGGAGACCAUCUACCCACGAGCUUUUGUCAUGGACGUUAUUCGAGCCGACAUUUCCAGCCGGAGGUACCGGAAAGCCUUCCUCGCUUGCCGAAAGCACCGAGUAGACUUCAAUGUCUUCGUAUCCCACGACUCCCAGGCAUUUGUAUCAGACAUUGGAGAGUUUGUCAAGCAAGUCCAUGAGGUUGAUCAUUUGAACUUAUUUCUAGCCAACAUAGGUCGUGCUUCACCAGACACACCCAAGAUUAAUGACCUUUGUGAUGCCAUAAGGUCUUAUCUUGAGGCGAAGGAUUUGGUUGGAUACAUAAACUCUGUCCUCACUGCUUAUGUUGUCAAGACCCCUCCAGAACUUGAAUCUGCUCUUGGAUCACUUGCUCGAUUGAAAGCCCAGAACCCGGAGGUACUCGAAGAAGCGGUCAAAUACCUGAUAUUCCUUGUAGAUGCCAACACCUUGUUCGAUACCGCUCUCGGCAUGUAUGACUUUCCUCUUACGUUAUUAGUUGCCCAGCAUUCCCAGCGUGAUCCGCGAGAAUACAUCCCAUUCCUCAGGGAGCUGAGGGGCCUUCCUUCCGCUUAUCAAAGGUUUAGGAUUGACGAUCACUUGAAACGACACGCCAAGGCGCUUAUCGGCCUUUGCGGCGCUGGAUUGGAGAAGUUCGAAGAGGCAUUGAGCUACAUUGAACGUCACAAACUUUUCGACGAUGCAUUACGGGUGUGGAGCGGGCAUCCUGACCAUAUUCGGAUAUAUGGGGACCAUCAGUUUGAAAGAAGAGAGUUCUCUCCAGCAGCGCUAUCAUUCACGCUUGCGGGACAUUGGAAAAAGGCCAUGGUGGCUCACGAACGUGCUCACGAUUGGAAGGAAGCACUCUGUGCAGCUUUCCAUGCCGGGCUUUCCCAGGGCGACACCAAGGAUCUCCAUGAUCGUCUCAUAGAUGACCUUCUGAGUCGGAAGAGGCAUUGCGAGGCCGCUCGUGCGAUGCUAGAUUAUUCUAAGGAUAUCGAGGGUGCAGUACUUGCACUUGUGCAAGGAAACGAAGUUUCCGAAGCUUACCGAGUCGCAUAUCUACAUGCCAAGCCUGAGCUUGUUACAACCAUAAUUCAUCCCAAUGUACUUGUGCUCCGAGAAGAGAUUGGUGAUGAGAUUGACGAGGCCAGAGACCAACUAGCGAAGCAAUCUUCUCGAUUUGUCGAACUCCAGCGCAAGAAACUGGAAGAGCCAGGCCAGCUUCACCUGUGUGACGCACAAUCUCGGGAUGUCGAAGUAAUGACAGAUGCUGGUGAUUCAGUGGCCCCAACUACGUUCACUAGAUACACUGCCGCACCCUCCGUAACGCCCCCCAAGUCGAACCGUUCCACGAAGAAGGGGGAGCGAAAACGAGGAAAGAAGGGCACCGUGGAUGAAGAAGCCUACAUUCUGGCCUCCACGCUGAAACUCGUUUCAAGGCUUGACACAUUCAGAUCCGAAUGUGUGAAGCUCCUGCCACAUCUAGCCGUCAUAUCGGAAGAACAUAUGCGUGAGGCACGGGCGCUGCAGGCAACCUUGUUAUCCUUCGAGAGAGGUUUGGAAGAGGCAAUCACGUUCAUGUGGCCCUCUCAAGCACCAAUUUCUGAACACGCUAUCUCACCUCUACCUAAGCCUUCGCUUACAGCGGGAACAUGGUCGAUAAAGUCAUUGAAUGUGAAAUAA